AUGGCUGCUGGCACUGCGCUGCUCUGCUGCACUUUGCUGUUUGUCCUUGUCUUCAUCUCUGCAGACCAGAAAAUCAUCACAGCAAAGUCUGGACAGAACGUCACUCUGACAUGUCGAGCUCCAAACAACAACAUCACAGUUGUAAAGUGGAGCAGAGCUGACCUGGGAGAUGAAAAUGUGCUUUUGUACCAGGAUGAGCAGUUUGUUCCAGCCAACCAGCAUCCAUCUUUUAAGAACUGGGUGGAUCUGCAGGACAGACAGAUGAAGGAUGGAAACGUGUCUUUGAUUCUGAAGAAUGUGACGAUUAAUGAUGCUGGAAUAUACGAAUGCCGUGUCUUCAUGGAAGAAAUGCACUCAUGGGAUCUUGUCACCAUCAUCUACCUUCAUGUUGUUCCUCCAGAGCAGAAAAUCAUCACAGCUGAGUCUGGACAGGACGUCACUCUGACAUGUCGAGCUCCAAACAACAAGAUCAUAGCUGUAAAGUGGAGCAGAGCUGACCUGAGAGAUAAAUAUGUGCUUUUGUACCGUGACGGUCACUUUGAUCCAGCCACCCAGCAUCCAUCUUUUAAGAACCGGGUGGAUCUGCAGGACAGACAGAUGAAGGAUGGAGACGUGUCUUCGAUUCUGAAGGAUGUGACGAUUAAUGACACUGGAACAUACGAGUGUGGUGUCUUCAUGGAAGAAACAUGGCGAUGGAAUAAGAGCAGCAUCUACCUUCAUGUUGAUCCUCCAGACUUUAAACCAGAGCCAGACGUCGUCUACUCUUCACUGAAGUAG